GGUUAAAAACCAAAUAACAAGAGCAGGAAGAAUUAGACAGACACACAGAGAAACACACACAUUUUGACAACCCCGCGCAGCGAUAGAAUUAUAGAACAACAAUAAUCUCGGGAAUUCACAAGUCAUGGCCGAAGGCGGUGGCGGAGGAACGAGGGUUUUGAACGACGGCGGGCGGCAGAGAUUUCAAGUUGAGUUGAGGCCCGGCGAAACCACAAUUGUCUCAUGGAAGAAGCUCGUCAAGGACGCCAAUCGAGCUUCUGCUUCUGUUUCUGCCGCUGCCAAGCCCAAAGAGCAGCCUCCUGUUCCCAAACCUCCCGUUCUCAACCCUCGCGUUGAUCCGGUUUCGCAGGGAAAGACUGCUGAAGAUGAUGCGAGUGAUGCACCCCCUGCGAGUCGGUUUAGUGCUGUAAUUGAAAAGAUUGAGCGGUUAUACAUGGGAAAGAAUAGUAGCGAUGAGGAGGAUUUAAAUGAUGUUCCUGAUGAUGAUGAAUACGACACUGAAGAUUCUUUUAUAGAUGAUGCUGAAUUGGAUGAGUAUUUCCAGGUCGAUAACUCAGAAAUAAAGCAUGAUGGUUUCUUUGUUAACCGCGGGAAAUUGGAGCGCAUGAAUGAGCCUAUCACAUCACCACAUGAACAACAAAAGAAACGGAAACGGAAAGAUAUGGCAAAAGGUCUUGGUGGGAGUGAUGAAGGAAACACUUUAAAUAAACAUAUGGCAGGAAAGAAAGCUGCUGGAACGUCUCUGCCUUUAACUGAGAAAAACUCUACAUAUCCAACUCUUGUUGUCGCUCUCCCAACAGUAAACAAUGAAGAGAUGAUGGUUCAGAAUCAGUCAGGUUCUGCUGGAAUCAAUGUUAAAAAGAAAUCUGCAAUUGUAAAAGGCUCUUCACUGCAGUCUCCAUUGAGAGUUACAAACGGUGAGGCUGUAGGUGAGAAGGGUGGCAAAGCGAAGGCCGGAGUCCUCCCAGCAAAGAACCAUGGUGGCAAAUCGAAAGAUGGACUUUUUGAUAUGUCAAACCAGAUGUUGAUUGGAAAUAUCUCUUCGCAAGGUAAACCCCAAUAUGGAAGAUCAUUGAGCAGUGGUGAAGAUGUGGGGCAAUCAGCUCAACAGGGGGAGAAGAAUAGGAUCCGGGAACAUUCUGAUAGCAUCUUUUCUGAGGGUAGGAACCCCAUGCAAGCUACGAAGGUGCCACACAUUCAGAGGAAGGAGGUUUCUAGUGGCAAAUCGAAGGCUGUAAUGCUUGAAAAAGCCAUUAGGGAGUUGGAGAAAUUGGUUGCUGAAUCACGACCCCCUAGUACAGAGGCUUCUGAUGCUGAUAAUUUGGCGCAGACUAGCAAAAGAAGGAUGCCAGCCGAAAUAAAGCCUAAACUUGCUAAAAUUGCUAGACUAGCGCAUACAACGCAAGGGAAAUUAUCGAAGGAUUUGCUUAACCGUUUAAUGAGCAUAGUUGGCCACCUGAUACAACUCAGGACUCUGAAGAGAAACUUAAAAGUCCUCAGUGAAAUGGGAUUAUCAGCAAAGCAGGAGAGAACUUCUAGGUUCCGGCAGCUAAAGGAAGAGAUCCAUGAGAUGGUUAAAGUUCGUGUUCCUUUGAUCAAAUCCAAGGCUCUCGAGCAAACAGGUGGAGCGUCUGAUGACUUUCAAGAAAUUGUUACUGCAGAUAAAGAAGUCCUUAAGAGAAAGUUUAGCAUGGAUGAUGCACUAGAGGACAAGAUCUGUGAACUCUACGAUUUUUACGUUGAAGGGUUGGAAGAAGAAACAGGACUACAUGCACACAAGCUUUAUGGAGAGCUUGUAGAACUAUGGCCGAAAGGAUUUAUGGACAGCCAUGGGAUUAAACGUGCUAUAAGUAGGGCCAAAGAUAGAAAGAAAGCGAUGAAUGCUGGGCACAAGAAUCAAGAGAAAAUGAGAAGGAAGUUGAGUUCGAAGACAGAUGAGACUCGUCGAAGUGAAACUAAUUCUGUUGUGAAGUAUGCGCAAGGGAAGUUGGUUUCUGAUUCACGCGCAACUUCAACUUCAGUAGACAAGGUAGUUUCUGUUGCAACCGCAGUAGAUGGAACUGCAAAAACUACGGUUGUACAUGGUCCGAACAUGGACAGGCCAAAGCAAGAGAAGAUAAAGGGAAACUCUAAUGAUAUGAAGACAACUGAAAUAUUAGCAGGAAAGAAACAAAAAAUUAAGCCAGAACUGGUGCUGAGCAAAUGUGAUGUCCGUCCAGAUAAGUUGAUUUCACCGGAAGGCGAGGAUAAAAACACCUCCCAUUAGUGCGUUGGUUCUUUCAUGAAAAAACCCUCUAAAAAAUUUGGUGUUGCACCUGAAAGUUAACAUGAUGUAGGAGCUUUUACUAUUGCCUGUGGAGGCUGAUGUUCUUCUAAUCAUGUCUUGGAGAACAGAGUCUUAAAAUAUACAUAGAUUUUUAAAAAUGUUUUGAAACGUUGAUGCAUUAUACUCAGACAUUUUCGGACAAAAUAGAAAACAUUUAGACA